AUCAUAUAUGGAAAGUCAGAGAAACAUAUCAGAAUUCAUUCUCCUGGGUCUUUCUUCUGACCAGAACAUACAGAUAUUUUGCUUCAUCUUCUUCCUGUUUUGUUACCUUGCCAUCUUGAUGGGAAACCUUCUGAUCCUUAUCUCCAUCCGAUGCAGUUCUCUGUAUAACCAACCAAUGUACUAUUUUCUUAAUCAGCUAUCUUCUGUAGACAUCUGGUAUACCUCCUGUGUGACACCCAAGUUGAUUGGCGAUCUCCUGGUGGAAAGAAAGUCCAUCUCCUACAGGAACUGCAUAUUACAGAUCUUGGCCAUGCACUUCUUUGGAAUGAUUGAAAUCUUCAUCCUCACAGUUAUGGCCUUUGACCGCUGUGUAGCAAUCUGCAAACCUCUCCACUACAUGAUUAUCAUGAGCAGAACUAGAUGCAGCCUCCUGAUCAUGGCUGCUUGGGCUAGUGGGGCUGCUCAUUCCUUUUCCCAGUUUUCUAUGAUAACUGGGCUGCCCUUCUGUGGUCCCAAUGAAAUUGACAACUACUACUGUGAUAUUUUUCCUUUGCUGAAAGUUGCCUGUACUGAUACCUAUGUCACUGGUGUACUUGUGGUUGCCAAUUCUGGAAUGGUUGCCUUAGUAACCUUUGUUCUCCUGUUUGGGUCUUAUAUCAUUAUACUGUUCACAUUAAGAAAUCACUCAGCUGAGGGAAGACGCAAAGCACUGUCUACCUGUGGGUCUCACAUCACUGUUGUUAUCUUAUUUUUUGGACCUUCCAUCUUUUCUUAUCUGAGACCCCCUACCACUUUCCCUGAAGACAAAAUCUUUGCUCUAUUUUACACCAUUAUUGUACCCAUGUUCAAUCCCCUAAUCUACACCCUGAGAAAUUCAGACAUGAAAAAGGCUCUGAGAAAAGUUUGGUGUCAGAAGAUAUUUUUAGAAGAAAAACAUAAUUGAUUUGUUCUACUUAUGAUAAAUAAUUUUAUGCAGCAGUAAAAAUUUGUCAGCACCAAGGAACAUUAUUAAUUUUUAAAAUUUUAAUUUUAUUAGUACAUGUUUGCAGUAUAUGACAUUUACAUUCAUCUUGGGAAGUAGGUACAUGUACCUAACAGAGCUCAUUUCUUUUUAAAAUCCACUUCCUACACACCUCACUACUCUCUGUUCUGCUUUCCUCAUCUCCAUUCCUUUUCUUAUUAUUCUCAGUUCAUGGUAGUGACAUAAAUGCUUACUUUUAUUGUGGGUAAUUGUUAUCAGUAUAUGGCACAUCUUAUUCAAAUCAUGAAAUGCAAAUCAUUCAUUUAUAAAUAUCAAAGAUCAGGAACUGGAAAAUUACCAGUAAAAUGAAAGUUUCACUAGUAAGACUGAGAAGGAGUGGAGAAGCAAAUCUAUACUAAAAAUAUUGUAGGCUAAGGAAUGAUACCUUUGUUAUGUAGAAUAAUCAAUUCUGAUGCUGUUGCAGAGUUUUAACAAGUAUUUUUUUGAAAUUUACAUAGGAGACCAAGCAACUGUUUUAUUAGUCUUUAGAAAUAAUAUAAACAGGUCAUUUAAAAAAUUAAAAAUUAAUUUAUUUUCUCAAGGAGGCUUAUUUUAGUUAUUAUAUGAGAUAUUCAGCUAAAAUUAUGACAUUCUA